CUGAGAGAUAAGUUGCGUUUGACAUGCCUUAUCUGCAUAACAUUAUUAAAUAUGAGAAAGUGAAACGUCAUUUAAUGUAGAUUUAUUUGACGAAAAUAAAAAUGAAUCAGAAUGUACUGGUUGCAAUUUUAGUGUCACUGUGUUUUGUUGAUUCAGCGCGUGUGGACACAACAGGAACUGAGUUUCUUAUAGCUCUACUACAACAGACAGCGCCAAACCAUCCCUCGGUUCAAAUUUCAAGCAAUGUUACUACGAGCGUUACACUCGAAGCACCUUUUGUUGGUUUAUCCAGAACAUAUAAAGUUACACCAGGAGUCACUGAAAUCAGACUUGACCCCACCCUUAGAGAAACUAGUACUGCCAUAUCGUUCAAAGGCAUCCACGCUAAAGCCGAUGACCCUGUCGCAAUACACGUAGUUGACGCAUCGGUUCCAAACAUGGGCGGCUUCAGUGUUUUGCCAAUCCGAGCUCUUUCGUCCGAGUACAUGGUAAUGUCUUACAAAAGAACAACAAGCAGUGAAUUUCUGAUCACAAGUGCUUCCGAUAGAAACAAGGUAUCAGUUACACUGAAGACAAAGGGAAAUGUUACACAUAUUGGUCUUGAUUACACUAACGGAGAAGUUAUUCACGAAAUACUUGAUACAUUCCAAACAUGGCAGAUAAAGAGCGAUUAUGACUUGACAGGUACUUUCGUAAAAGCAGAGGGUAAAGUGGCAGUUUUUAGCGGAAGCCAGUGUACUGAAAUACCGAUAAACAGCGGACAUUGUGACUUUACUGAGGAACAAGUAACUACAAUCAAUGCAUGGGAAACGUCAUUUAUUGUUCCACUCGUUGACACAUGCGCAAACGUAAUUAGAAUAUUAGGGCGCGAUGAUGGUACAGACAUUAAGAUCAAGCACGGACAAAGCGUGUCAACAAUACAUUUAGACUCGACAGAAUAUAAGGACCAAAGUUACACUGUUGAAGGUAACAGAGACCCCGUUGUAGUUAUAGAAUCGUCCCGCCCGGUGCUUGUAGCACACUUCACAGGAACCAAUUCAACGAAUUCAAACUGCGGACCUUCCAUGACUCUUGUACCGGCAAUUAAUCAGUUUGCAGACAAAUACAGCUUCAUGGGCAAAAGCGAGUUAGAUGUAUCAUUCGUGAAAGUGAUAAUCCGUGCUGACAGAUUAGGCUUUUUGCGAUUUAACAAUCAAACGGUUAAUCCACAGAAAAGAUAUGACGUUUUAAUCGGAAGAUUUAAGGACAGCAUUGCAGUUUUUGAGCUUGAAAUCCCUAAAGCAAACAAUGACACACCUGUGAGCAUAUAUCACGAGACAGGGGUAGACUUUGGUGCAAUAUUCUACGGCUUUAAGCAACACCAGGCACUGUCAUUUCCCCUAGGAAUGAAUAUGGAUCUUUCGAAAGCGAAUGAUUUAGUUCGACUUAUAAAUGGAAGCUCACCGGCAUCUGGACGCGUGGAGGUGUUUCACCAAGGCAACUGGGGUACUGUGUGUGACGUGAACUUUGAUGAUAGAGAGGCCAAUGUUAUCUGCCGAAUUCUUGGCUAUUUUUUCGGAUCACCAAAUGCGGUUGUUCACCCUGGCGGUUAUUAUGGUCAAGGUAGUGGGGCAGUUAUGAUCGAGAAUCUACAAUGUGAUGGUACAGAGCCUGAUCUCCACAGUUGCCGGUCUAGUACUUGGGAGCAUUCUCAGUGUCCACAUAGUCAGGAUGUUGGCGUCGAUUGCAACUCUCGUAUAAGACUAGCCGGGACGUCAGAUCCUAGGGAAGGUCGCCUCGAAAUUUUCUACAACGAUAAAUGGGGCUCAGUCUGCGAUGACGAGUUUGAUCGAAAAGCGGCAUCUAUCGUCUGCUCAUCUCUUGGAUACGGAAAUGCUGGAUAUAUCUACACCGGAGGAAAAGGUGACACAGGUGUGCAAUGGAUAGAUGAUGUGCAAUGUACAGGCGAUGAGGUGGAUAUUGCACAGUGUAUGGUGAAACCAUGGGGUAGAACGGACUGUUCACUUGAUGAGGAUGUUUGGGUUGCAUGUUAUCCACAGACAAAAAUUCGCUUGACGUCUGGUAUUUCCCCAGCAGAAGGUAGGCUCGAGGUUUUUGCCCAAGGACACUGGCAUUCUGUUUGUGAUAGCAAAUUUGAUGUUCAAGAUGCUACUGUCGUCUGCUCCAUGUUAGGAUACAAAAGAGAGGGAACAAUUGUCAAUGUUGUAAAUGGGACUUCUACCUAUGGUACUGGCUCAGGAAAAGUUAUUAUUGAUGAAUUAGAAUGCACAGGAAAUGAGAAUGAUAUCGCAGAUUGUAAGUCCAGACCUUGGUUCAUCAAUUCUUGCACACACCUGCAUGAUGUUGGAGUAAAAUGCGGAAGUUCAGUUCGGUUAGUCAAUGGUCCUACACCAAAUUCUGGCCGCCUCGAAGUGUUCUAUAAAGGUCAUUGGGGGACGGUUUGUGAUUCUACAUUUGAUAACAAUAAUGCAAUGGUAGCAUGUAGACAACUUGGGUUUCCAUACGGUAUAGGAGUGGAUCCAGUAAAACGCAAUGCUACUUAUGGCUCUGGUACAGGGAGGGUUGUUAUAGAUAAACUCGAAUGUGUCGGUAGUGAGACUGACAUAGUUCAGUGCAAGUCAAGACCAUGGUUGGACAGUCAUUGUGUGCAUGAUGAAGAUGUUGGCAUAGAUUGUGGAUCAUCUGUAAGACUGAUAGGAGGAUCGUCACCGACCGAAGGAAGGGUAGAGGUGUUCUAUCAAGGUCGUUGGGGAACCGUUUGUUCUGACAAGUUUGACGUUAAAAGUGCCGACGUAAUAUGUAAUCAACUCGGGUAUAAAUUUGGAACACCAAGGAAAGUUUAUGCUGGUGCACACUAUGGACAAGGAACCGGUCCAAUUGUGAUAGACGAGCUCCAGUGCUCCGGCACUGAAACAGACGUGCAAUUUUGUAUAUCAAGUCCUUGGUUGACCCAUGACUGCACGCAUGCGCAAGACGUCGGUAUUGACUGUGGUCUCCGGCUACCAGAUGCCAUAAAUGCUACGUGUCAACCCAGCGGAUGGGGCAUACAGAUCGACAUGCACCGUCUAGAGCGUGUGUUUCCAAACUCUAUAACCUCGGACAUAAUUCUCGGAACUGCCGAUUGCUUUGGUUCUCUUAACGGACAUGUCUUAAAAUUUAACUGUGACAUGCGUAGCUGCGGAACAAAAGAAACAACACUUCCUUCUACAAAUGUAUACACAAAUCACGUGAUCUACGCGUAUCACGAUCCUGUGCAUCCACAUAUAAUUCGAAACUACAACUGGACGGUAACUUUGAUCUGUCAAAUGAUGCGGAAUGGUUCAAUCAUUGUCGAUCUCAACCCUUCACAGCACAACGGCGACAUUUCAAUCGAUAACUCGACAACUUACACUGUUCAGCAGGCUUUCUACUCUGAUGCUGGAUAUACCCAUCAGCUGGCCAGUCACCCGUUACAACUAAGUGUUAACACAGAGACCUACGUCAAAGUGUACACAUCUGACGCGGGCUCCUACAACAAGAUGGUCGUUCAGUCCUGUUUUGCAACUCCGACGCAAGACGCAAACGUCGGACCAAAACUCCCACUGAUAACAAAUGGUUGUGAAGCGGACCCCAGUGUUCAUAUUCUAGCGUUGACCAACCACGAAACCAAGUUCAAGUUUCGAGUGUUUGCCUUCGACAACAACAACCAGGGUCUUUUCAUUCACUGUAACACUAAAUUGUGUCCAACAUCCGAUUUCUCUUGUAAACAAGGAUGUCUGCCCUAAAUGUUUGUAUCUAUCAUAUUAAAAGAAUUCGUUUUAGUCAA